AUGAAGUUCCUCGGCGUCCUAGCCCUGUUGACGGCCAGCCUGGCGUCGUUCGCCGAUGCGGCGUGCCAGACUCGCACCACGGCUUGUUCUCCGUUGCAAGUCUGCAAUUCGAUGAGUGGCGCAGAAGUAUGUGGCACCACCGAAACAGUGAGCGGCGCCGGCUGUACCUUGAAGGUCGUAUCUGGCGAGGACAACGGUGAAGUUACGUGCAACUGUUGCUCAUAG